GCCUGUCGGUGAGUGGAGUUCAAUGCUUCAUCGGAUCUCGAUCACCCGUUACCUUGUUCACUGGAUGUAAUCCGUAAUAUUUUUUUUCCCUCCUUUUAAUUAUCACCUCAUAUUUCUUCUGUAUCCAUUCUGCGAAUACCACCUGUUUAUUCCUACCUACGCAGUCAUUCCUUGCGCCACCGACCUGUCAUCCCAAUGGCACCCCCAACCGCGCCCCUGAACCUCGACUUCGAGGCCAUCUCGGGCAUCUGCGGUUCCAUAUCCAUCGCCUGCUGGGUCGUCGUCUUCUCGCCGCAGAUCAUCGAGAACUUCCGCCGCAGCAGCGCCGAGGGCCUCUCGGUCCAGUUCGUCGUCGUCUGGCUGCUCGGCGACGUCUUCAACAUCCUCGGCGCCGUCCUGCAGGGCGUCCUGCCGACCAUGCUCAUCCUCGCCGUCUACUACACCAUCGCCGACAUCGUCCUCCUGCUGCAGUGCUUCUACUAUCGCGGCUUCACCCUGAGCGACGACGUGGUCCCGCCGCCCGAGCCAGCGUCGAAGCCGAAGCGGGGUGCGGAGAGGAACCGGAGCGGGAGCGAGGACGGUAACGGGAACGGGAACGGGCACGGACACGCGGGCGAGCCUGACGAGCGGACGGGGUUGCUUAGUGGCGGCGGCGGCGGCGGCGGCAAUACUAAUGCUGCUACCCAUCAUGAGCGGUCGCAAUACUACAGCUUUGAGGACUACGAGCGGCGGGGGUCCUGGACGCACCUGUCGCCGGCCGUGCCGUUCGUGAGCAAGGAGCCCGUGGCGGCGCCCGCGCUCGCGCCGACGACGUGGCUGCAGGCAUUUGCGUUCAACAGCCUGGCCGUCCUGAUGGUGUGCGCCGCGGGCGUUGCCGGGUGGUGGCUGAGCCGGACGUACGGAAGGGGCGGAGGCGGGGCCGGCGACGGCGACGGCGACGGCGAGAAGCCGGGCGGAGGAGCUCAGCAGGAUCCGCUCGAGCUCAACCCGCUGGGCCAGGUAUUUGGCUGGCUCUGCGCCGCGCUGUACCUAGGAUCUCGGCUGCCCCAGCUGCUGCUGAACUGGCGGCGCAAGUCGACCGAGGGGGUGUCGGUGCUCUUCUUCCUGUUUGCCUGCCUCGGCAACCUGACCUAUGUGCUCUCGAUCCUGGUAUUCGAGCCCGAGUGCGAGGGAGACGAGGGGUGCCGACCGGGCGAGGCUGCCCAUAUCUUUUGGCAGUACAUUCUUGUCAACCUCUCCUGGGUGGCGGGUAGCGCGGGCACGCUGCUGCUGGACCUGGCCAUCUUUGUACAGUUUUUCGUGUAUAGUAAGAGCGAGGAGGACUCAAGCAGCGACAGCAGCGACGACGUGGGGAGCACGGAUGAAGAGGAAAGCAUCGCCGGACAGGAUGCUUGGGACCAGCGGCCUUUACUGCAAAGAACCGAUACCGUGUACUAGCCGGACACGGGGAAUAAUAGGGCGUCCGGGGCGGGGAAGGGGAGAAUUGUGUGUGCCGUAAAAUCAACGUUUAUUUAUUUUAAUUUUUUUUUUUUGUUCUGAUCGCCAAACAACGAAACCACCUUUGAGAUGACG